UGCUGCUUGGUAAUCAGUUUUUUAAUUUGACAUUUGACAGGUGUCAAGAGACAAGACAAGGCAGUGAAUUGAUUUUCUUGAAAAUGUCGUUCGCGGACAAGAUUGGUAUGCUUAUGUCUCGGCCAGGUGCCGAGAAUGCCCAGAAAGAUGACGUUCCAUGGUGGAUGCGCUACGGUGGACGAGGCCUGGGGAUAUUUGGCAGUUUCAUCUGCAUGCUGUUCGGCCUUCUAAACUGCACCGGCAUCUUCCUAUUCGACGUGUCGAGCGUGGUGGCGGGCGUGUGGCAGAUGCUGUCCGGCUUCCUGGUGAUGGUGUGCGAGGCGCCAUGCUGCUGCUUCUUCAUCGACUACGUGCAGGUGCUCUCUGACAAGCUUGAGUCGCGCCCGUACUGGAACAAGGCCGCGCUGUACAUCGGCCUGGCGCUGCCUCCGUUCUUCCUGGCGACCACAAGCUUGAGCACGUGGCUGGGAAGCGGGCUGAUCUUCGCCACGGGCAUUGUCUAUGGGAUGAUGGCGCUCGGCAGAAAAGCUUCCAUAGACGAGAUGCGGACGUCGGCGGCGACGCUGGAAGCGGGCAUGGCGGGGCCCACCACCACCGCGCCGCGCGCCAAGCUCGUGGCCAACGAGCUGCCCGUCAGCUUCACCGGAGCCCCCGAGCGACACUGACGGAGCCCUACAGCCCGCGAGGCGCCCGCUCCGCACUACUCAUCCGUAUACUCGCCUUAGGCUAAGAAAUCACGGCGCGAUUUUCACCCGCGCCCGCGGCGUUAUUUCAAAACUCACGGGAACGGUUAUUUGCGCUGUUAGGCUAUGAACACACGGCGCAGGUAAAAAUUGCGUCUCGCUAAGUCACUGGUAUAAAAUGGUCGCCCGCCGAUCGAUCGCAGAGUGCGUGGGCGAAAACCGCGUCGUGAGUUGUGCAUUAGUUUUUACAAAAGAACCUUAAUUCUACAGAAGCUCGCAACCGCCACGGGCGCGGGUGAAAAUCGCGCGAUGAGUUCUUAGCUUUAAGCCUUAAUUUCCUCUUAAGUUGACGUCGGUUCCUGACAUACGUCGAGCUUACGAAUAUACACUAGUUCUAUGAAGCACCGCACUGUCGGCAGUGGCAGAUAAUUAUUCGCGCGUACGUCGGUCGACUGAGCGGACUGAUUGAUGCGUUACUGAACAACAGGAGCGCGCUCAGUGCGCCACUGACCACUCUCCCGUACGGAUUAUGCGCGUAUAGCCAAAACAUGAUUGUUUGGUAUUCGCAGUGCGGGAAUUUUCUGUGUUCAUAUGUGAUGAUACCCGCCGCCAACGUCGGUCCCUGACGUCAACUUAGAAGGAAAUCAAGCCUGUUUGUUUCCACAUGAGCAUGCUCAAAUAAAUGAGCGGCUGAUUUGGCCGAGCCAUUAAUUCUUAGCAUUCAGGCUCGGGCUUGGCUCAGGCGUCUCCACUUGAGCGCCUCGGCCAAAUGAGCCGCUCAUUCGCCUGAGCAAGCUGAAGUGGAUACAAGGCUAUACGCACGAUGUCAGUAACCGGUUUAAGUAUGAUGACAUCAAUGAUAUUUUUUUAUAGAAUUAGUAUGAAAGUAUCGAUGGGACGCAUCGAAACUAUAUUUGACGAAGAAUUCAAAACUAACUUGAGGAACGUAAUGAUAUGAUUUUGGAAUUAUGUUGGUGUCAUCAUCCCUAUUGUAAAAACUUAUUUGCUCGAUGGUAAGCAUCGCCGCGAAAGAUAAAGCAUAAUGUUCAAAACGUUAACAUCGCAAAAUGUAGUUAUUAUCGACUAAUUAAUCCUUUAAAUUGUCCCUUUCUAAUUUAUUAACGAAUUUUCUGGCUCUAAUUAAUCUUAAAAGUUUUUCUGACAUUUUGCGCUCUUGACGUUUUUUGGAUUUGUAAUAAUAUGCGUGUUUGUCUUUUUACCGGUUUGACAUUGUGCAUGAAUUUUGGCUAUAUCUGCCAUUCCUUCAUCCCAAGCGCUCCCUUGGGAUGAAGGUAAAAGCCAAAAUACGGAUAUUGUUGUGCGGAGUCCCCUGUACCCGCCAGGUCGAGAAAACAUCGUCAUAUGUGGCAGCUCCAUCUUAGUUGUAACGCGGUUCGGAAUCAGAUAAAACUGAUUUAGGUCUCUCCUAAGAGGCUAGAAACGCGUCAACGCGCAGAUGGAGCUGUGACAUUAGUUUAUGAACAAGCAGAGGCCUCCCCCAUUGAUCUCCAGCGAACGCCAAGGCAUCCAAGGUUAAACUUUAUCAGAUCGACAGUAUAUCGCGCCGUUACACUUUACAUAGUCGUCGCUAUUUUACUCCAUUUUAUACGAGGUAGGUUCUUCCUGGAUGAGGCAAUUCGCCCGCUUAAAGACCUUUUUUAGAACACUUUUAGAUCAUGUCUUCGGACUUCGUUACAGUUCGUGUUUGCAUAAUACUUUUCGUUAUAACGUUUGAGCAGCUAUUGUGAAUGACCAACUUUGAACCUUAUGGGCUUGAUAUUUAGAACACAUUGCCAACGUACCGGAGUCCUCCAUUCAAUAAUAUUGCCAAAAUAACUAAGUUUUUGGUUGUCUUGAAACAUUGUUCCAUAUUAUUGCAUAUUGACACGAUAUCAUUAGAUGUUAUUGUACAUAGAAAUCACAUUUAUUUCAAUUGAAAAUCAUUAUUGCCUAUGAUAUGUCAGAUGUUUGUUACCAUAAAUUAGUUGUAGACCAGGUUGAAGAUUUUUAAAGGGCAACCUUAUAUUAUUCAUUAUUAUUGCUUGGAUUAUACUUACAUAUUAUAAAUGAGAUUGAACGGUAAGCAAAUUUUAAAUUUAAUUGAAAGGUUAAUAAAGCUGUAGAAGGAUAAAUUAAAAAUAAUUUUAUUGAAUUUAUUAUUAUUGUAUUGUUCCUGUGAGAUGGUUUGAUUGAUUAUUCCAUUAUUCCAUAUAACUUUUUGAAUAAAAUAAUAUUUUUUGUAAUCAAGUCUUCGAGGGGAGGUUUUUUUAAUGAAGCAGCUAAAUAUGUGCAUUAUUUUUAACAUAAUACUAAGAGGGCUGUAAAUAAGUUACUCUUAUGGCUUAAUAAACUGACGCGACUACGUCAGUUGAUAUUUAUAUUUCCAGUGAUUGACAGAAAUUAUAUUUAAAUAUGAAUUUUGUUCUAUACAUGUAUCGCGCACGUGAUUUAUAUACUAUUUCGACCUUGACAAUUUGACAGUAUAUUCGUAAUAAGAUAUACGUUAAACUAAGUCGAUGUAUUAGUUAGCUAAAUAUUACUUGACAUUGAUGUAAGGUGUUUCUUUCUAAAUUGUUAAACUUUACUCAUAGUGUAAAUAUACACAUUUACUCCCAAUUAUAAUACGUUUCGUGAGAAACAAGUGUGUUCAUAAUAUAAAUUAUUAGUUGGUCUUGGUUGCCACAUUUUUUUACUAUAGCAAAAUGAACCUUCUAAAAUACAGGAAUUCACGUACGUUUAAGUUGUUUAGAUGUUCAAAAACAAUUUUGGCUUCACGAAAUAAUUAUUUCAUAUGAAUUCUCGGUGUCCGUAAUCAGUCUAGAACUGCUUUCAACGAGAGUGAGCCAGCCCUCCUCGUGAUAAGACUUUUUAAACUAUGCAUUCCAAAUUGCACUGUAGAUGGGUCUCAUUAUUUUUAAUCUAUUUUUAUUAUACCUGUGUCUAUGCAACAUGGCUCAAUGCUACGACGAACCAUAGAUGAACGGAUGGUAUCUUAUUACUACGUGUGAAUAAUAAUUAUUGCCAAACAAUUGACUGUUAACAAUCCUUAUUAAACCUGUUAAUUACCAUGAGCCAUGUCGCACUAUACUGUAGCUUGCAUGUUAUUAGAUUUAGCGUUGCAGUUAGACUAGAUCCUGUAGUGACUGAUUUUCAUUUCGUAUUGUAAACAUUUUUACAACAAUGUCAAUUUGUUACAUGAACUAUUUAAUACUUAAUAGCUAUAUUUCAUUAGGAUUACUAGCGAGGGUCACUAAAUUAUAUUAAUCAAAUGUAAUGUUAAAGACAAAGUUGAGGGAUAGGAGAUGCUAAAGUAACCAGUUAUUGUACUGCCAGGUUUUGUCGGAUGCGUAAUGUGUUGUCGCUAUGAUGGUAGAUAGUAGCUUUGAUGUACGAAUAGACAGUUGACUUGUAUUAAUACACACGGUGAGCACUUAUUAGAUUGAUAUGAUAUUGUAGAAAGACCAUUAGUAAAUUAUCUUACAGCAUCCACUACCACACCACUGUUUAGAGGCUGGUAUGUUGGUCGGGGCACUCAUUUUGCCAAGUCGGAUGUUUAUUGUGGCACUGCAGUAAGAUGUACCACGGUCUUAUUAUCAAAUUGAAAACAAUGGCGUGCAAGUCAAUGUCUCCAAUGUGGCAAAAAGGCUAUUACGUCUCCGAUUACAUAAGAGCAUGAUACGAAAUUAUAAUGAAUAAUAACUAACACAUAAACUUAAUAGAAAACUGUUUCAGACGCUAAGUAUUAAAAUAUCACUGUUACUGUAAUUGCAAGAUAUUUUUGUAAAAUAUUAUAGAUGAUGCGGGCGCCUCGCCGCGCCACGAGUAUUAUGUGGUUAAGCAAGACCCUAGUCUUAGGUAAUGUUUUCGUAGGUUUAAAAAGUUUUGCUCACACACCAAUAUUUUUGUGAAUGGUAUUUAUGCGUUUAGUGUUGCCAUUAUAAGCCCUAUUAUUUAACCAUCUAUGCUCCCACUUUUCCAUUGGUUGAAGUAGGCAUUAGUAAAUUUUUAGUAAUUUAUUUCUUUUAUAGUUAUCUUCUUAUUAUCUGUAUCUUCCAUUCAGUAAAUCCGUCGCUUUACCUAUGCCAAUAAUAAUUUUAAAUUGUGAGCUAUUUUCACCUUAUUUUGUCUAUUAUUAUUGCCUCAUUUAUUAUUAUACAUUUUAAGCAAAAUAAUGUAAUUUAUUUCGGGGUUGUAUAUAAACGCAAUUAUUAUCCAUAAAAUUAUUAUUAUUUUUAGUACUAAGGUUAUUUUUGCUACAACUACAUGAAUGUACACGCAUGAUCUUAAUUAAUAUACCUUUAACGAGUCAAACCAAGGGCCUCAAUGACUGCGUAACAUUAGAACAACUGUAGAAUUUGUGGCUGUUAUACAUUUUUAAAUUUGUUAUUUCACAUUUUGGAGCUAUUUUUUUAAUUAAACUGACCACAUUCUGUAGAUUUCUAUGAUAAUUUUGAUAAAGUAUGGAACUAGUGAAUUGUUAGUAAAUAAUAUCAAAUGUAAACAUAGUUGUAUAGUGUAAGCAGUUGCAGUUGUUUCGUCAAGUUAAUGUUACUGUUAGGAAGGCAUAUCUGUAAUAAAUGUGUGUAUAUUGAA